GUCCAGCAUGGCAAUGUGCCCCAUUGUACCACUAGUUAGGUGCUGCCAAUAUGAAACUGAGAGGAAAAAAGAAAGAAUGCCCAACAUGAAACCCCAGUCCCGUCUCGCCAAAUGGCGAAUCUCCUUACUCCGGUUUGCAUUGGACAGCCAACAAUUAACCACCUCGCCAUUCCAAAGCAUCACCGGUCUAUCUGCCUUGUAGUUGCAGCCUCGCAGCGCUCAGCUGAUGAGUAUAUAAACAUAGAUGAUCACUGAAAGCGCGAGGUGUGGUGGUGAGUAGAGUAGUCCUUCUUUGUCCCCAAUUCCAAUUCCGUCCACCGCGCCGCACUUCAGCCAUUCUUGCGGCGGCGGCCACGGCUGCAAGAAUGGGCGUCGGGGAGUGGACGCGGGGACCGACGAUCGGCAGGGGCUCCUCGGCCACCGUGUCGCUCGCCGUCGACCGCCUCACCGGGGAACUGCUCGCGGUGAAGUCGGUGGGCGCCGACCGGGCUGCCGAGCUCCGGCGGGAGCAGAGUAUCCUCUGUGGCCUGAGCUCUCCGUACGUCGUGCGCUGCCUUGGCUCGGAAGUAUCAGCGUCGUCGGACGGCAGCGGCGGGUACGACAUGCUGAUGGAGUACGCGCCGGGCGGGUCGCUGGCCGACGAGAUCAGGCGGCGCGGCGGGCGGUUCGAGGAGGAGUCGCUGAUCCGUUCCCGCGCGCGCGACAUCCUGCGCGGGCUGGCGCACGCGCACGCCGCCGGGGUCGCGCACUGCGACGUCAAGGGCCGGAACGUGCUCAUCGGCGCCGACGGCCGCGCCAUGAUCGCCGACUUCGGGUGCGCGCGGCGCAUUGCGGGUGAGAGGUGCCUUGUGGCCGGCGGCACGCCGGCGUUCAUGUCGCCGGAGGCCGCGCGGGGCGAGGCGCAGGGCCCGGCCGCGGACGUCUGGGCGCUAGGGUGUACGGUCAUCGAGAUGGCCACCGGCGCGGCGCCGUGGCAGCGGUUUGGGAGCCCGGUGGCGAUGCUCCACCACGUCGCGUUCUCGGGCGAGGCGCCGGAGUCCCCCCUGUGGCUGUCGGAGGAAGGCAGGGACUUCCUGGGCAGGUGCCUGCUGCAGGACGCCGGGGAGCGGUGGACGGCGGAGCAGCUGCUGGAGCACGAGUUCGUGGCAUUUGCCGCCGCGGUGUCGUCGUCGUCCAUCUCCGUGGCAGGGAUCACCACCCAGAAGGGGAUGUUCGUGUCCCCCAAGAGCGUCCUCGACCAGGCAUUAUGGGAGGAAGACGACGAUGACACGACCGCGGACACCGUUACCGCCGGUCCCAUCGACAGAGUCCGCGGCCUGGCCGCCGGGGCACCGGACUGGACCUGGGACGCGAGCUGGAUCACGGUCCAUUCCUCCGGCACCAGCAGCGACGACGAGGUGCUGGCAAUGUACACAGAUACCGACGGCGAUUCCCCCGUCGGCGGCAGCAGCACCACCUCGGUUGGGUCCUCGAACAGCCAGGCCUCACAUGCCGAUUGCGAUCGUUACGAUGACACGAGCAGCUGUAACGGGGAGCGGGGUGAUUAUGGUGGUCACGGGAUUAAUGAUUGUACAUAUGCAAUCACAAGCAAUGGAUUCUUUUCCGAUAUGUUAUUGUUCGACCCGGCUGGCUGUCCAAUUUUACCUUUUCCCCUGCUGUUAUAAGGGCAUCUCCAACGGGCAACUGCCUCAGCGCGGAGGCGG